AUGAAGGACCCCAUGAUGGCAUACUUACUUGAAAAGGAAUAUGUGUUUGUCUACUUGACAAAUAUAGAUACACUGAUAGACCCGCUGAGAUAUAAAGAAGUAUCCCGUUUGCGUGGUCUAGUUGGUGGAGGAGAAAUUCAGGAUAAUGACAUUUUAGUUGUCAACUUCCCAUGUUCUCCUGGAUCCUUCAAGUGGGAGGGUGUGCAAGGAUCAUUCACUCCAUUAACCUCUGUUAAAAGGAUAUCUCAGAAAAAAGACUAUGACAUUGCCCUUGUUGGGGCCUUUAGAAGGGAAAAGGACAAAGAGAUGGAAUUACAGGCACUAAGAGAUGAAAUUCAAGCGUCCAUGAAGCUGGUGAGACAAAGAGAAGAUGACAUACAAAGUUUGAAGAUGAGACUACGUUUUCGAGAAGCUGGAAUAAAAAGAUUACAAACAGUUGCUUCUGAGAAGAUCUCAGCUGAGACACACUUGCUAAAAGAAAAAGAGGAGCACUUGAAGGAAAUUGAGGUCUUGCGGGUCCAGGUGGAUCGGAAUAAUGAAGCAACUACAUUUGCUAUGGAAAAUUUGCAGCUAAAAGAAGAAAUUAGAAGGUUAAAGUCAUUUUGUAUGGAAGGUGAACGAGAACGGAUGAGUGAACAAAUCAUGGUAUUGGAAAACAAGUUGUUGGAAGCACUAGAUUGGAAAUUUAUGCAUGAAACAGAUCUGAAAAAAAAUUCUGAUUUGAUGAUCGAAGAUGUACAUAAUGAUGGUAAUCUCAUCUCCAAACAGGAGUCAAGUUGAAAAUCACGAUGGCAGUCUUUGGUUAGGGAGGAAAAUGAGUUUCUCAAUAUUCAGGCUAUACAAAACCAACCUUUGGGUUGGGGAGGGUAUGCUCUAAAAUGCAAACUUCAAAACCUAAAACAUAGACUAAAAUCCUGGAGUAGAGAUAUCUGUGGAGAUCUAGGCAGCAAGGUGAAGCAAACUCAGAAUAGGUCACUGCAAGGAAGGCAUAGUAUUUUUUAUAUGUACGGAAGACUUAAUGCCCCACGACACUUUGGGAAUGAUAAUAGAAAUUAUUUGCCAUCAUCUGUGUUUAUGGAACAAACACCUUAUGAAAUCAGUGCUCAUGGCUCUUCAAGAUUACACCCGACAGCACUCUUCAAUAGUAAAAUGAUGAUAAGAUCAAGUUCAGGGUGGGACAAAGAUUUAUAUAAUUGUCAGUCGUAUCAACGUAGUUUCUGCAGUCCUAACCUCACUGGGCACGCGAAGUUUGAUGCUGAGACUCUUGGGUGGGUGAUGGCUCUGUUCUUAGAGAAAAAUACCCAGAUUUAUAUGAGGUAUCUUCUCAAAAACUUCAGACAGUGGCAAGCAUGGGGAUUUUUGGAGAAAAUGGCUGGGAGUGGAAAUUUUCUUGGAGAAGACAUCUUUUUGAUAGUGAAUUGGGGGAAGCCACAACUUUUAUCGACCAGACCUCAG